AUGAAAGAUUUUGAGAAUAAUACAAAGGCUAGGGUUGCUAUUGUUAGUUGCUUAAGUGAUGAAGUGUUUGGCAGGGUUGUCAGAUUGGAGACUACUAAAGAAAUUUGGGACAAGCUGAGAAGUGUAUAUGAAGGUGAUCUAAAGUCAAAGAAAGUUAAAUUGACAAAUUUGAAGCGCAAAUUUGAGAACCUAAAGAUGUCCAAUGAUGUGCUCAUUAAAGGCUAUAUACACAAGUUUGCUAUUGAGGAGAGUCAUGAUCUGGAUAAGUACACAUUGGACCAACUUGUUAAUUCAUUAUUUGCUUUUGAGAAUGUUGAAAUGGAUGGUAUCAAAAAGGAAAGGAGAGAAGUGGCUCUCAAUAUUUCAAAGAAGCCUAAAGAUAAACCAGAAGCAAGUGAAGAGAUGGAUGAGCUUGAAGCAAAAUUUGUUAGAAGACUAAAAAGAGGAACCAAAAUAUACAAAGAUGAAGAUGAUGAUGAAAGGAAGGAUAGAUACAAAAGUAGUUAUAGAAAUAAGAAGAUAGAUGAUAGAGAUAAAGGAAAAAGAGGCAUUUGUUCAAUGGAGCCACACUUAUCUAGAGAUGAAGAUGAUGAUGAUUCAAAUGAAGGAUUCUCAUUCUUGGAUAUAAAGGAAAAGGAUGAAGGAAGGCCCGAAAGACCAAAAAAUAUCAAGAAUGGGGGAAACCUUGUAAAAAUAAAAGUUGCUUUGCAUGCUAAAGUUGAACCAAAGUCUUGGAUUAUUGACUCCAUAUGCUCAAACCAUAUGACAUGUGAUAAGGGGAAGUUCAUUAACCUUGAGAACUAUGAUGGAGGAUCGGUAAAAUUUGCAAGAGAGGAAGCUACACCUACUUGUGAAAAAGGAAGCAUUAUAAUUGAUGGUAAGCGUAAGAUCGAUGAUGUUUACUAUGUCAAAGGUCUGAGAGAUAAUUUGUUGAGUGUAAGUCAGACAUGUGCAGUAAAGGUUAUGUGGUCAUAUUUAAAGAGUUUGAAUGUGUGA